UGCCAUCUUGAAUAUACAGUAAUACCUACAGUGAGAGCCACUUCACUGGCGGAGACUCACACACAGGCAGGCAGGCAGGAAACAGACUAUCCGUAGAAUUUUAAACAAGAGGACUAUAUGUAUAUAUAUAUAUAUUUAUUUUUUAAAAGCAAGGCUGCUUCCUGUCGGGAUAGCCGGGCAGCUAACCGCCGCCGGGCAGCAGCGAACCGCGCUGAGCGAGCCGACCCGGGCGAGGGGACUCGGCUGAGCCGUCCAGGUUUUUCCGCGUCGACGUUUUAACAAAUUGCUUUUUAUUUUUGCCUCUGAGACUACCAAGGACACGAGAAAAAAAAAAAUAUAUAUAUAUGUGUGUGUGUGUGUGUGUGUGUGAAAGUGUGCUGCUGUGCUGCCUGUGACGCUGUUCGCGCUGAGGGAGAGAGAGAGCGAGCGCGCGCGGAAUGCCAGUCCGGCUCGGUGGCGUUGAAUUGAGCGCAGUGUGUCCGCGCCGCUCCCGCAGCCUCUCCGCUCCCGCAGCCGCCCGCUCCCGCCCGCUCCCGCCUCUGCCCGCCGCUUUCAGCACCGCGCCAAUGCCAAUCACAUUCAUGACUUUCCCAUAAGUAAGAAACGGCUUUUGUUUGUUUGUUUGUUUGUUUGUUUGUAAAUGUGAAGGUCUGCGUUGUCAUUAUCUGAUGUGCAGACAGAGCAGCGUUUUAAAACCAUGAGCGCGGCUGCUCCUGGACUCCUUCGCCCUUCGUUAUGGAAAACUGGCCCAGAGAGAAGAGAUCAGAUUGAACUGGGAGCUUUGACACUGGACUGGGAUCAAGUGGAUCCCAGUGGGAUCUGCUGUGCUUGAUCAGGUUUGGGUUAGUCCUCUGAUCCACUAUGGGGUUUAGAGUUGACCCUGUCCAUGUGGUGCAGCUUAUGAACAUUAAUAACACAGACAAAUAAUCUACUAUUCUGCUUUUUUUUUUUCUUUCUUUCCUCCCCCAGUAUACAAUUUCUGUCUCAUGAUCUUUUUUUUUUUUUUUAAAAAAGAGAUUUAUUUGAUCGAUUGAUUUGAUUUAUUCGAUUCGGAUCCAGUGGAUCACUCGCUCAAUCGCUCAGUCGGUCGAUCGGUCGAUCUUUCUUUAUUAUUGGUCUUGUAAUUCCUGGGAUUUUUUUCCCCUCCCAUCAGCAUGGAUGUGUUUUAAAGCGAUUGAUCGCUGGUAAAGAGAGCGAACAGGGACAUUACUGGAGGCCUGCCGGAUUCUGAAAGAAGGAUCUACUUGGUUUUAAAAGGACCAAAAUAAAUAUAUAUAUAUAUAUAGAUAUAUAGAUAGAUAGAUAGAUAGAUAAAAUGGGUUCUGCGACAAAACUGGCCUUCGGAGUGUUCCUCAUCUCGUGCUCCUCAGGCGCCAUCCUGGGACGCUCGGAGACUCGCGAGUGCGUGCACUACAACUACGGUCCGAGCUCGGAGCAGCAGGGCAACCGCACCGGCGUCGAGGCCUGCGUCGGAGACAAGGACAAGCGGCUGCACUGCUUCGCCACGUGGCGCAACAUGUCCGGGAACGUAGCGGUGGUGAAGCAGGGCUGCUGGCUCGAUGACGUCAACUGCUACGACAGCACGGAGUGCGUGGAGAGGAAAGAGGACCCCGACGUGUUCUUCUGCUGCUGCGAAGGCAACAUGUGCAACGAGAAGUUUUUUUACAACCCGGACGCUCAGCCCAUACAGAGUAAGACUCCGAUCACCGACCGAAGCAGCGGAGUUUUUAAGGCUACGUCUAACCCAUUUACCCAGAAGCCACCACUGUUCAGCACCCUCCUGUACUCACUGGUGCCAAUCAUGGGCAUCGCUGCCAUCGCCCUCCUCUCCUUUUGGAUGUAUCGGCAUCACAAGCUGGCGUAUCCGCCCGUCCUGGUGCCCACACAGGACCCUGGCCCCAUGCCCCCUUCACCCAUCCUUGGCCAGAAGCCACUGCAGUUGCUUGAGAUUAAAGCCCGCGGUCGGUUCGGUUGUGUGUGGAAAGCUCAGCUGCUCAACGACUAUGUGGCUGUCAAGAUCUUCCCCAUUCAGGAUAAGCAGUCUUGGCAAAAUGAGUACGACAUAUACAACCUGCCCGGCAUGAGGCACGAGAACAUCCUGCAGUUCAUCGGCGCAGAGAAAAGAGGGGCCAACCUGGACACUGAGCUGUGGCUCAUCACAGCUUACCAUGAAAAGGGUUCGCUGACUGACUAUCUGAAGGCCAACGUGGUGACGUGGAGCGAGCUUUGCCACAUCGCUCAGACCAUGGCACGAGGUCUAGCAUACCUCCAUGCCGAUGUCCCUGGCCUCAGGGACAGGCACAAGCCAGCCAUUGCUCACAGGGAUAUCAAGAGUAAGAACGUGCUGUUGAAGGCUAAUCUGACAGCCUGCAUCGCUGAUUUUGGCCUGGCCUUGAGGUUCGAGGCCGGCAAAUCUGCCGGAGACACACACGGACAAGUGGGAACAAGGCGCUACAUGGCUCCUGAGGUGCUGGAGGGGGCCAUCAAUUUCCAGCGAGACGCCUUUCUCAGGAUAGACAUGUACGCUGUGGGCCUGGUGCUGUGGGAACUGGCGUCCCGCUGCACAGCCGCAGACGGUCCAGUGGAUGAGUACAUGCUGCCUUUUGAGGAAGAGGUGGGUCAGCACCCCACUCUGGAGGACAUGCAGGAGGUGGUGGUGCAUAAAAAGCUGAGGCCCACGUUGCGCGAGUGCUGGCACAAACAUCCGGGUCUGAGCAUGCUCUGCGAGACCAUCGAGGAGUGCUGGGACCACGAGGCCGAGGCUCGUCUCUCAGCAGGCUGUGUAGAGGAGCGUGUGCUACAGGUGCAGCGCCUCACCAGCAUUUCCGCCCCCGAUGACAUCGUCACCGUCGUCACCAUGGUGACAAACGUGGACUUUCCACCCAAAGAAUCCAGCCUAUGACUAGAGGAGAACAGCGUGUGAUGUCACGCAAGCGGGAAAAAAAAAAACCCUGCAUAGCUCAGAGCUGCUCGCUCGAAACCCCUGGCGAUUGUACUGUAUAUUAGGUUGGUUGCAAUCACCAGUGCUGGAUUUUACAACGUACGUGCUCGUUUCAGCAGCACUACAUGCACGUGUGUGUGUGUUUGAAAGCUCACGGGGCCUUCUGGACAGGCUGAACAGAUUUCGAUCCAACAAGAGGACCUCAGGCAACACACACUCUCACUUUUAGCAACUGGACAGCGUCACAUGUGAAGCGAUUGACUGACUGGUAUUUCUCUUUUUUCAUCCGAACAAGGUUUUUUUUUUUUUCUUUCCCCUCGGAGAAAAGAGCGAGAAAAAGAAAAACUUUUCCUUAUUUCAAUGUAAAAAAGAAAAGAAAAAAGGGCAACAGUACUUUCUAAAACCACAUUUGACUCGUUGCAAUGCCAAUACGAAACAGCUUUUGAAUGUCUAGUGUGUCACUGCUGUAUAUUCAACCGAGAGGGUGAAAACAAUCGAUUGUUUUAUAUCUCUGGAUUUCCCUCCCAGCGUUUCUGUCAAAUAACCACGAACCUCUCUCUCUCUCUCUCUCUCUCUCUCUCGACAAGGUAUACCUCAGUUUCUCAUCCUAAUAACAAGUUUGUUUUGUAACACUAUGUAAAGGAAAAAAAAUAUGAAGCGUUCCGUCGACCUGCAACGGGCACAGAAGCUUUUUAAUAUGGGGGAAAACCUUACACGCACGCACGCACGCGCGCGCACACAGAAUAUGCCAAGAAAAUAUGGCCAUUCAUAAACCAGUGUUUUCUGCCUUCUUUCUAUUACUUCAUGUCUUUUCCGUGUUGCCCUGCUGUUUAAAAUGUGACUGUUUUCUGAACAUUGUGACAAAUUGAUUGUAAAAAAAAGAAAAAAAAUCAGUUUUUAGAACUUUAUCAGAAACCUGUUGAGAAGAAAAUCCCUGAAAUAUAUGAAUUCUGUGAAAAAUAUGAAAGCACUUACCAGUAUAGGUUUGCAGUGUCCUCACAGCAAUUGACAUUAUGCGCAUGCCUUGUAUUUCUUUUUCUCUCGUGCGUGAAAUCUCGAGCAGUCGUCAAGCUUCUCCUUUUUUUUUUUUUUUUUUUUCAAUCGUUUGCUUCACUUACAAUCCAUCUUCGAUCAGGUUUUUUUUUUUUUCCCAUUUUCGCAUAUCCUCGUCCGCUUUCCAAGCUCACCCUAGACCGGCUUCCUUUACCCCGAUCCCAACCCCAGUGUAAAUAUGUAUACAGUUUAAAAAAAAAAAACUAGCCUCAGAUUAGCGGCUACACAUCAGAACAUUUGAAUAUUUCAUGUCUCAGGAAGCCCUUAUCUUUUGUGCAUUUCUCUUCUGGUGCCAUUCUGGUGAUCCACGUUGUAUUGUGUAUGCAAGAGGCCUUCAUGACGUACUUUAUUCAUCCGCUCCACUAUGGAUAUCUCAAACUGGACUUUUUAUUUUUUUCUUUGUAGCUUUUAUGCGUUUUUGAGCACCAGGCUGUAAGAUGCCAUAUGAAACGGUUUAGAUUCGAGUCUAAGACUUGCACACAAGUAUUAUAACUCAACAUGCUGGUGUCAUUCAUUAAGAGCGAGUCCACAGUGACUGCUGAAUGGAUUCAGGGUGCUGUUUUUUUUUUUUAACUCCUCAUUCACCAUCUUUCAGGUCGAUGUGACCGUAUGCAAGCGUGCUCUCAGCUCCAGCAUUCGCCUGCAUUGUGCUGCUCGUGUUUCUGACCAGGUGCCAACGUGUACUGUAUAUCAGUACAAGAGCGCACAAACUUUCCUCAGAGAUCGCCCGUCCUGGCGCUCGUUCUACCUUUGCAGCUCUGGAACAUGAAUUUUUAUUUGCACGGUGCUGACCGGCCACUAGCUUUUAAAGGCCACGUGAGCGGUUUUGGACAAGUAUUCGUCGAAACACCGGAUGAGCGCUUUUGCUUGCGGAAGGCUGGUUUGACUGCAAUCUCAGCCUGGAUUCGAACGUUCAGGCUACACGCUAACAACUACUGUUGUUUAGUAGCUUCUGUUCAUGUAUAUCCAUGUAGCUGUUUUUUUUUUUUUUUAAUGCCUUGUUGUGGGUGUGUCUGAAUUGGAAGUCGGGAAGGUGUUGAUUUUGGUCCCAAUCCAAUCCAGUGGGGAGAGCAAUACAACGGUUUGUGUAUAAUUUGUAUUCAUUUUCUCUUUAAGAUAUAGACGGUGUAUUCUAUAACAGUGUAACGGUCGGCCUGUUCUGUUAUCGCCAGUGCUUAUAUAGUAAAUUUCUUCCAUCUAGAUUAAUGGUUUUCAAGUGUUGUGUGAUAUUUACAUAUAAAUAUAAAUAUAAAUAUUUGAGUCAGAUAUAGGCGCUAUUUUGUGAAAAUCUGAUUUGACAGCCUGUUCCCUACCUGUCGGUUAAAAACGGUUCAGUUGGGAGGACCAUAAUGAACCCUGUGGGCUAUUGGGUUUGGUUUUUUGGGGGUUUUUUUAUCAUAAGGGGUGUUCACACGGCAGCUUUUACUCCGGUGUAUUACCGGGGCUGCCCCGGUAGAGCGUUCACACGGUACAAAGUUAUACCGGUGUCGCCCCUGAAAGCUGCUUAAACCGGUGCAAAUCUAACCCUGCUCGGGAGGUGGUUUAAGAAAUUUACUCCGGAGUAAAUGCUAGUUUGCGGGGCAGCACCGAUAUAAAAUGGGACGUCUGAACGCUACAGGGGUAGACUCGCUACGCGUGACGAGAGUUGAUUACAUACGGGCAUUGCAUAAUUUGUAUCCUGGUAUUUUGCGCUUCCAAAAUGGCGAAUACCAACAACAACAGAACUGCGUGUCUUCCGGUGUUGCCAGAUUGGGAGGUUUUAAGUGCAUUUUCGCGGAUUUGAACAUAUUUUGGGCUGGAAAACGUCAGCAGUAUCUGGCAACACUGGUGUCUUCAUCCACGUUGUUUUCCCGGCGCUUGGUGAUGCCAUGACAACCGGGAAAAGGAAGUACAUUUUCACGCAUGCGCAUAUUUAAUUUCCGCAUUAUUACUAUCGUAUAGCACGGUCGCAAAAACUGCAAGUGGGGCUGCACCGGUGCUAACAUGCUUCUCUCUAGUAAGCAGGUUUGUGACGUGUGAAUGCUCCACAAAAUUUACACCGGUGUAAGAUAUAUCGCAACAAAAGACAUCGGUGCAGCAUCGAUGCAAAUAAAAAUGUGCCGUGUGAACACCCCUAUUUAUACCAGCAGGCAGCAAUAAUUACAGCUUUCAGUCUUCACUGUCCUGGACAGCUGUCUGACAAACCAAAUUUCUCUACCAGUACGUUAUAUGGCUAAAAGUAUGUGGACACCUGGCCCAUUACGAUCAUGCCGUAUGUGGUUCUGCCACAAAGCUAGAAGCACACGAUUUUAUAGAAUGUCUUUAAAUGCUGUAGCAAUACAAUUUCUCUUCAAGACAGCGUGACAAUGCAGCUGUGCACAAAGCGAGCUCCUUAAAGACUUGGUUUGCCAAUGUUGGAGUGGGGUCCUGACCACAAUCUCACUGAAGACCUUUGGGAUGAACUGGAACACCCUCAACUAGCCUGAUCACACUAAUGCUGAACGAACACAAAUCCCCACAGAUACAUGACAAGAUCUAGUGGAAAGCCUUCCCAGAGAUUAUUAUAACAGUAAAUGGGGGAAUAAAUCCGAACAGAACAUGUACAUAUGAGCGUGAUGGUCAGGCGUCCACAAACUUUUGGCCAUGCAGGAUGUCUUCACAGAAACACGCUGCCUCCGACUGUAUAGUUUUCCGUUUCCGUUUCAGACACACCCAGGAUCUUCAGUGUUAUUGUGAUGAUCGGGGCCAUAAAUCCUGUUUUGAGAGAUUUCGCAAAAAGCCGGCCCUGUAUGGAAUCAAGUUUGUGCCAAAAUGUUCAUACAAUACUUUUGAAAUAUCAAACAAA